AAUUUCAAAGCGUCAGUAGGAUUGAUAAAGGAAUCACGAGUGAUCGAAACUUUACUCUAGUUAAUGCAAUCACAAGAAUAUAGAAACUGUGAAGAAAUCAUGAAGGACGAAGUCAGAUCAGCAGUAAAUUUCCUAAAAGAAAAUUUAGCAACUAAAUCGACACUGUCGUUCGAACAGAUCGAACUUUUUAGAGACAAUCUAGAGUAUUUGAUGAUCGAACGAUUUCAGAACCAUUGGCAUCCUGAAAAACCACUGAAAGGAAACGCUUUUCGUUGCCUAAAUGUUGACUCGACGGCUAUUGAUCCGCUACUCGUCAAAGCCAGUACUGCGAGUGGAAUAUCACCUGUAACGUUUCAAGAAAUUUUCUCUGAAGGUCUUGCUUUAUGGAUAGAUCCAAUGGAUGUUUGUUGUCGAAUUGGAAAACGUCCAGUUAUAAGUACGAUCUACGGGAAUGGUUGGAUGAAAACUUCCAAAGGAAAGGAUCAACUUAACUACGUUAAUAUAAAGUCAAGUCCAUACCAAUGUUCCUUCAACAGAAAGCCUGCCAAUCCUUACAAUUACCAAAGAGAACUUAUACCAAACUAUCAAGAGUGGAAUAAUCAUCAAUAUGCUUACCUAACUGCUCAAGUUUACUAGAACUUUACGUUUUCUAUGCUCGAAUGCUCGACCAAUUUUGAAUUAAGAAUUUUUUGAAGAUUAAUUGUAACAUAUUAGGCUUUUUAGAACGACUUUUUGUAUAAAUGUAUUUAAGUUAAACGCUGGAAAUUUGUAUAUGGAAGUUUUAAAGAGAYUUUAAGAUAUUUAUAAAAGGAAAGUUUAUAUAUUAAUUUCUUUGAGAAAGAAGACAAGGGAAAUUUGAGAAUAUUAUAAAAAUUUGUACAGCUUUUAGGAAAAUUUAUUAAUUUACAUACUUGUAAAAAGGAACAACAAAUGUCCUAUACAAAUGUGAAUAAUUUCUAUUUUGAACAAAUGAAUAAAGCCUAAUGUCAUUACUAA